AUGAGGAGGAUGGAAAGGACAUCGCCAAAUACGUGGCCAACAAAAAUCUCGGAGAAGUGUGAGCAGCUAAAGCAGGAAGAGGCACAUCACACUGACCAGGCCAAUGCUUCAGCAUUUCGCAACUUGAAGGAUAAAUUGAAGGAGUCGAAGUUGUGCUCUGAGAAUGGAGACAAUGUUAUUUCAUCAUUGUCUGAAAAUGUGAAGAAUCCGGCAAUCGCCAAAUGGAUUUGCACUCAGGGCUUUGAACUGGCAGAGAUCAAAGUCGAUGAAUCCGCCUGCCACGAGACCAGUGAGCUCCUCCUGGGUGGCUUGCAAGAGCUGUCCAGGUCUGGGGAACCAACGGUGCAAGCGGCAAAGCUGGGGCUGUACUUGGUGAGAGCUGCAGUGAUUUUGGCCCCUCUACCUGGGCCCUUGGGUUGGAUUCUGGAUAAGGCCACUGAGAAACUCCUGAAACAACUCACCAAAGAUGCGGAAGAAGCAUUGGACAACUUGGAGAAGCUACUUCAGAGGCUCGAACAGAAGAUGUGGGACAUCAGCCGCAAAGUCGUGGCGGAGGAAUUUCUGCGUGUUGGUGGAGAACAAGUGAAAGUGGCUGAAGAUCAAGUGAAAGAUAUCGAGUCUAUAGAAGAAGAUGACCUGUGGCGUGAUUUGAUGAUCGAUUCCGUCGAUUCCUCUUCUGGUCAAGUGCAAAAGAUCAUGGACGCAGCCGAAAAGGCCACCAGUUUCAACCGCUGGGCUGCCAUUGAGCAAAGCUUAGCCACAAGCCUUGCCAUUUUGCGACCUCCUGAUUUCAUGGACACUUCUGACGAGAUGGAACCUUUCAUCAGAGUCAUGAAGAUUCAUUUCAUGAUCGAGCUCACAGUUCUUUCGCAUAUGUUUAAAGUGGUGAAAAAUACGAGCGGAAAGAGCUUCAAAAAAAUGGUCGUGGCCAAAGCACAUCGUGCUGCCCUGGCUGUUUUUCCAUACUUGUUUAUCAUUGGUGGUGACCAAGCUCUACUGGAAACCUUGAAAUCGCCUUUGCUGCAACCAGAUCCAGUGGAGAAUCCAGAAAGAAACCCUUGUAAGGAAACCGGUCACUCACUGGUCUGCGUGUGGUUGGAAUUGCUGAGCCAUUCAUCAAAGCGAGAUGCCCAAACUUUCAAAAGGCCUCAGGUGUUUUGCAAGAGGGAGCGUCUCAGUGACAGCAAGUACUACCAGCAGACACAGACGUUUGAUUUUGGCACUCAUGAUGGCGAAGGUGAAGGAUUCGGAGUCUUCAUCCAUUAUGUGAACAAUACAGAGGAGCUUUUGAACUUCAAAUGUUCCAGGGAUGAGCAAUACAUUUCUCAAUUUCAGGAGAUUCGUGACGAGAGCAAGUAUUGGGGAAAAGACACAGUAGCAGGAAAAUGUACGAAACUGGAGAAAGGGAGGGUGAAACGUCAUUUGAAAGUCACAUUCAGUGGCAGUUUGUGUUCAAAUAAGUUGACCUAUGGUGAUGUCUCAGUGGGUGAGCUCGUGUCAGUGAAAUUUGAAGAAGAAACCCACGAGCAGGUGCUGAAGUCCAAGUUCUUGGAUGAUUUGGGGCAUUGGAAAGUUGAAACCACAUCAAGUGAUUACACGGACAAAGCUAUUUGGAAGAUGAGGCAAGACGCCAUGACCUUGGAAGCUGGAGCAUCACCAGGUCACGCCAGGUCUUCCUACACCCUUUUUGAGGACUUCAAGACCCAGGAAGAGGCCCUUUCUCGGCUGAAGUCCGACAAGGCAGUGGCAACUGGCUACGAUCAUGAGGAAAUUGCAACGCUCAUCAAGAAAGGCUGGUGGUCGCUCUCUCGAGAACUAGUCUUGGCAUCCCAUGGCAUUGCUAGUUUUGGAUCCUUGGAAAAGGUCGUCCGCAGAGAGGUCACUCAGAUAAAGCAGAACGCAGAUGACUUGCUUCUUGCACUCAGCCCGCAGGACGAGAGUCGAAUUGGAGUGGUCCGGUGUGCAACCCAAUGGGCGCAGAAUAGCUCGGCCAUUUUUCUGAGCAUCAAAUUUGCGCAUCGUUGGUCAUCACCGGGUGCAUUGAAGGUUCAAGAUGAGAAGAUCGAGGUUUCUCCUUGUUGCUUCAAUUUCUCCGCGUCGGGCGACCAUUCGCAGCUUAGAAAACGAUAUGCGUUGGACUUCCACUUCUUUGGGGAAGUUGACCCGGAGCGGUGGUCGUGGCAAUUGGCCUCUGCUGGUCGGAUGACUGCAGAGAUUCGAAAACGUGAAAGCCACAACUGGCCGCGACUUCUUGAAUCCAAAAGCAAGCCUGGAAAUUUGCAAGUAUGGGACUCCAUGCAGGACAGGUGGAAGAGCGAGUUGAAGGAGUUUGACAAGCAAAGAAAGGCCAAAGAUGCUGACAGCAAUGAAGGACUGGAAGCAGCUGAGGAAGAGCAGCAUUCCAGCGGAAGGCGGAAAUGCGUGGACAGCCGUGCCUCGCCCUUCUCGAGUGCUGGCCACAUUGCUCGGUUGUGUGAAUCGUACUGGCCACCAAGGAUGGAUACCCAAAAACAAGGGAAAUCUGCAACGUGGCUGGUGCUUUUCCACUCCCCGCAAGACAUGAAGUGCUACGACCGUGGAGAUGAAUGUCAAAAGGUUCGAGAUCGCUGGGAAGCUGUAGGUCGCAAGGUCGAGCAAGUCAGCGAGGCGUUGGUUGGAGCUGUCGACUGUGACCGGCAUGCCGAUCUUUGCAAACGCGAAAAGGUGGGAGACUAUGUCAUGGCAAGGAGGGGAUCUGAAGAACGGGAUAUCCGCAAAGACAAACUCUGCGAUGAGAGCCUCGGAAGAAAAGAGUUGACGAGUCUGGAGUUGCGGUCUGCCCUGAUGGCGAUUCGCAGAGCCUUUCUGGUCAUGACAUUGAUGCAGUCUGGCUACUGCCUUCGAGCAGAUCAUGCGCAUGAAGUGCACAAUGCAGACCUCAGCGCAGAUCUCUUGGAAUCUGAUUCCAACGUGACUUUUGGAAAAAAAUGCUGCUGCUACAGGCCUGUUGGGGACAAGGUCUACGAAAAUCCCUGGGGCAGCAGUUGUCCUGUAAGGCCCUCGCGUGGGUGUACCUAUCCCCAGAAGGCUUCACCCUGCAAAGUUGGCCCGAACAAGUACGACGUGUACUGCGAGUGGUAUUAUGCGCUUGGUUGCGGCGGCCCACGACGUCCGGAGAACAUCAUGUGGAACAAACCAUGGCAGAGAAAAUAUGACAACAUGUGA